GGAUCAGGGACGUGCAGAACGCUAUCGCCGCCAGUGCCACCGCGCCGAGGGUCUGUACAGAAACAGCGCUGGCCAAAGAGCACGGGUGUCGUCUCUGGCCCGCUUGGGAUAUGCUUUCACAGUCAGCGAUCCUUGAGAUGUACUCUGCAACGACGCAGCCUACAACUGUGCCGGACGCCCCAAGUGCAAAGCAUGCAGCGCUACAGCGGGUAUAUGAAAGCAGGGCGAAUGCAAGGCGUUUGUGGAAAUAGCAGUGGGUGCAGGAUGCAGUCUUUCGGACUCGAGGGAGGUGUCGAUCUGGCGGAUACGACGCUGGGGCUAGCGCUGUAGCUCCGGCAAAAUACCACAACCCCACAGCUAUAUAUCCCCACCCAGUUCCCCGCCACUUGCUCUUCUUCCUUCCUGCAAUCACACCAUUAUGUCCGCACUCGCGCCCCACCACGCUCGCUCUGCUUCGUUCGACAACAGCGCUCCUUCCCUCGUCCGGACAGACUCUACCGACUCUCCUCUUUCCGAAGGUAUAGUGACGCCCCUCCAUUCCGGGUCUUCUUCCCCAGUGAUUCGCUCUUCCACUUAUCAGUGCAACUGCUCCCGCGGUCCGGGGCACGAUGACCCUGCGAGAUUCCUCGACGAGUGCAACCCCUUCCUCGUAGCUGACAACGAUGAGGAUCACGAGGAAAAAGGGGCUGGAACCAAACAUACUCCUUUGUUCUCCCCACCGGCUUCAGUCCGAUGCACUGUUACCAACGUACAAAAGGUUGCUUGCAGCCCAACGCCACCCAACACGCUUGCUGGCAGCCCUAGUCCAUUCCUUCACGCUACUAUCACCAGCACCGAAACUACUCGACCCAAUCAACCUUCAAGCGCGCCCCAGCCUUCUCAGCGAUUGACGGACACCUUGUCCUCCCUACCUCUUCCUUUCUGCGCCAACAAGUCGUCCCAUCGACCUCAUCUUCACAUUUCCGUCGACAGUGAAGAGGAGUCCAGCCGCUCCUCUGUUUUAACCACUCCAAUUACUCUUAGUCGGCCACCCUUGCCUUUUGGCGUAUCUGCAUACUACCUCGCGAAACCGGAGCUUGCUAAACGCCGUCGUUUUGGCGACUCGAAGCAGGAUGUCGCUCUGUCUGCUGUACUUCUCAAUCGCGAGUCCAAGGCAUACACUGCUCCAGUCAAGUUCAAAAUCGAAGCGCAGCUUGAUGGGUCGUUGCUGGAAAGAGAUUUGAAGGAUGUCCCAAGCAAAAGAAGAAACGUCAGCUUGCCUGUUUACGAGUGCAAGCAAGGCGUACAGGAUCAGGAAACUCCUGAUGAAAGUACUGCCAUGGGAAGAAGCAAAGUUUUUGUAGGCAAGAAGCGAGUACAGUUUGCAUCAGACGGCGUUUGUGAGACUGUGAACUCUCAGUCCAACGCUUCUCUAAUCGCCAGCUGGCAGCAAUCGGACCUCUCGACGUCCUCCUCUCAAUGCACCCUGAACGACUAUAACGAUGACCCUCAAUACGCUUUGGAACGUCAAACCGCCCAUCAACCACCAUUGCAAGAAGCAGAGGACGAGUCUAAAGAUCACAUGUCGAUUGUUUCGGACAUGUCUGUUACCGUCUUCCUCACCGUACUCCACCAGAUUGAGGUUGAUAUGGUCAAGCAGUUUGGUCAGAAGCUCAUUCCUUCUUGGCUCGUAGGGUGGAUGCGAUGGGUCAAGACUGUCUCGGAAUCCCAAUCCCAAUCUCAAACACAAACACAAUCACAGUCAGGAUGCUGUGACAAAGUGAACCUUGAGGAAGACGAUGAAGCUUUCGUGAUGGAGUGUUUCUCAAGUUUUGAAGGUAGAUGCCUUUCCCCUGGUCUCGAGCUUCAAGUGGCCUGAGUAUCACCUAUUCAUUCUCUUUGCCCAUUGUAUAAUAUCGCCGGAAGAUUCGCGUUAGGUUGUACCCUCUUUACCAUUGUUUUCAGUUUCGUGGAUAAUUAUCACCAGAGUUGUACCCCGUUACUUAGUUACCCGUUUGUAUCAUU